AUGGCGUCGGCCUUUUCGCAGCAGCUUAUCAUCUACGAAAGUGGAACGUUUACAGAAAUAUGGAUCAGUGGAAUUUACACCGCUCUCCUCCUUCUGACCGUAUGGCUGAUUGUCUCCAAGAGGGAAUACAGCCGCCAGAAGAAAAUUAUCUUAAUCAGUUGCAACAUGGCGCCCUACCUGGUAGCUAGCGGACACGCAGCGCUCGCUUGGGCUGUCUCUUUGAAAAUAAUGGCCGGCACUGUAGCGAUGAGCCGUGAUUCAUGGUUCCCAAUGACGUAUAACGUGUUCUUUGUUGUCAACAAUAUCCUUGCAGAAGCUGUUUUCUCCUGGCUCAUUAUAGGCCAGUUAUGGAGGUGCUGGAUUGUAUGGGGACGCAAGUGGCCGGUGGUAGUUGUGCCCACUGCCCUUACAUUGAUCGGAACCAUCAUUGCCUCAGCCCAAAUGACGCCUUGGGACGAGAAAUCCACCUUCAUAGGAGGAACGCCGAUGAAUAGUCUGAAAAUAUAUUCCAUGUUUCCAAUCGGGAGUGUCAUAAUAACGACCAUCCUCACCACAUGUCGCAUCGUGCAGGUCCAAAAAGUGUCGGGUCGCUUUGGCGGGCUCAACAAGCGCAGAUUCAACUCGGUGAUUGAAAUCAUAGUCGAGUCAGCCGCACUGUAUUCCAUUUCGCUCCUUGCCUUUACAGUCAUAUCCUACAUUGAUUGGGGAAAUGGUGAAGACGACCCACUCCACCCACAAGUUUUUGGGAUGACGCUUUGCGUGCAGAAUAUUCACCUCCAAAUAUCGGGAUUGGCACCCCUGCUGAUCAAUUUGCGAGUCCAAGCGGGCUUUUCCAGGCCUGCAGACGAUUGGAGCACCUCGACGUCACCGUUACCAUCCAUUGCGCUGAGGUUCGCUUCUCGUCGGAAGUCAACGGUGACCGACGCAGCGCUGGAGGGAGAUGAGUCUGCAGGUUUUGAAAGUCGAUCUGUCGUGCAAUCGGGGUGAGCUGCGGUUUCUUGAACGAUCUCCACUGGAGCGGUCAGUUUCUGCUGUAGGAAACAAGGAGCUCAAAGACAUUUGUAUGUUUCCAAAUUGCUUUGAAUACAUCCACUACGAUUAUUGGAUUUA